AUGAACACUAAACAUAACAACUCACUUUUUGAAAAAUUCCAUUCGAAAAAUAAUAUUCCAAGUGGCACUAGAAAUAAUUUUAACAUAGAAAAUGGUACAUUAAUAAAAAAAAUUGAAGAUCACAAUGAAAAUAUAGUUAAAAAAAAGAACUUUAAUAAAAAUUUGGGAGAUUUAAUUUAUAAUAUUUCUAAACUUAUACUUGAAAACACUAAUAAAAAUAGUGUAUGUAAUGAAGAAUAUUUGUUAAAUGAAAAUAAAAAUAAUAAUAAUAAGGAAACAGAAACAUAUGUAAGAAAUUCAAUGAAUAAUUCUGAAAAUAAUAAUAUAUAUGCAAGUGAUGAAAAAAAUGAAGUAGAAAAAAUUUUAAAUAAUAUAGAUUAUAACAAAAAAGAAAGAAAAUUAAAAUUUAUAAGUAAUAACAAUAAAUAUAAUAAUGAUAUUAAUAGUGAUUUAAUUACUUUAAACAAUAAUAUUAAAAAUUCAAGUACAAAAAUUGAGAGAGAUAAAUUAAAUUUUUUUGUUGAUGCGAAAAGUUACAACCAAAAUACUAAUAAAGAAAAUGAUAAUAUAUAUAGUAAUACUAAAGAUACGUUAAAUAUUCAAAAUUAUGAUGAAGAAUAUACAAUGAGAGAGAUAAAAAAUGUUCCUAAUUUUUGUAUAAAUGACACAAAAAAAGAUUCUAAGAAUAAUCCAAUAUAUAAAAAUGUUGAUUAUAUAGAAAGAAGAGAGGAAAAUUUAGAAAAAAAUUAUAAAUCAUAUGAAGAGAAUAUUCCUUUUCAUACAAAAGGAUAUAACCUGAAUAAUGAAAAAAUUAAACAUAAUAAUAUAAGUAACCAAAUUAUUAAAGAAAUAAAAAGAAAUAAAGAUACUUAUAAUCUAAAAAAUAUUGUAAUAACUAACGUUUUUCUGGGAAAUAUUCCACCAAAUAUAACUGAAGAAAGAUUAAAAAACGUCUUAGAAAUUUUUGGAUUUAUAAUUCAUGUUGAAUAUAAAUGGUCGGUAGAUAAAUGGUCUUAUGCAUUUGUUUACUUUAUUGAUGAAAAAUGUGCUAUAAAUGCAGUAAAUAUUCUUAAUCAAAAAAAAUUUUUUGAUAAUUCACCAAAUCAUAAGCUAAUAUGUUUUAUUGUUUCUAAACAAGUUCACAAUCAAAAUACUUUACAAUAUAACAAAGCAAAUUUUUCCUUAUUGAAAGAUGGACCACCAGGUGCAAAUUUGUUUUUAUAUGGAAUACCUUUAAAGUGGACAGAAUUAAAUUUAAUACAACUUGUGAAUAAAUAUGGACAUGUUGUAGGAUUAAGAAUUCCAUAUGUUAAUAAGGAAAAUGAUAAGAAACAAGGAAAUAGAGGUUUUGGUUUUGUUUCAUAUGAUAAUAAAAAAUCAGCUAUUGAAGCUUUUGAAGAAUUAUCAAAAAUGUAUAUACAUGGAAAACUUUUGAAAGUUCAACUAAAAAACGGUGAAGAACAUCUUUUACCAGCUAAAUUAAAAAAUAUAUAUAAUGUUAAUAAAAAUAAAGUAAAGGAUAAUAAUAAUACAAAAAGUGCGCAAAGUUUAGUUAGCACAACAGAUACCUUAAAAACACUUAAUUCAAUAAAUUCUACAGACAUAAAAAAAAAAUUUAAAAACAAGUGCUCCAGUAAUAAUGUUAAAUUAAACAAUUUUAUAAAAAAUAAAAAUAAAUCAAGUAAUAGUGUAAGUAAUAAUACCAAUAAAAAUACCCAAAAUAUUUCUAUGUCUGAUACAACUUGCUCUAAAGGUUUAUUAGAAAAUGAAUCAAAAAAUAAUUAUCCUUCAAAUAAUUCAAAUAAUUGUGAUUAUCCUUCCAUUUAUUCAAACGCAAAAAUAUUUACAAACAUUUCAGAUAGUUAUGAUAAAUGUAUUAUAGAUAAUAAAAAUUUUAAUAUUUAUACACAAAAUUUUCAUUAUAAUACUAAUGCACAUGUUUUAUCUAAUGAAUAUGAUAAAGGAGAAAAAUAUAUAUUUGAUAUUAAUGAAAUAAAUUAUGAAAGAAAUGAUUUAAAUAGCAGUAAACGUUUAGAUACUGCAAAAGAAAAUGAAAAUGAUAAUAAGAGUUUAAAUUUAAAUGACGAAAAAAAUAUAAAUAAAUUUUUGCAUAAUAAAGAUAAUAUAACAAAAAAAACAAAUAUGAACAAUAAAACUUCAACAUGUAAUAAUAUGAAUAAUAAAUUCAAUUAUUUUAAUGUAAGUGAUAACAAUGAUUCAGAAAAAGGAAAAAAAAUUUCAUGGAAAAAAAAAAAAAAUCCCCAAUUAUUAGAACAGAAAGCAAAACAUUUAAAUAAAAGUUUUAAUUAUACAAGCAAAACAGACACUAAAAGACACCACAUAAAUAUAAAUAGUAAUAAAUUUACUUGUAAUAAUUUUUUUGAAAUUAAAAAUCUUGAUAGAAAUCCAACUUCUAAAUUAAAUAAUUUGAAAAAUAAAACAUAUAACGAGAAAAGCAAUUUCUCUGAUGAUUUAAAUAAUUUAGAAAAUUCUAACAGUACUUCAUAUAGUAAUACACAAAAUUCUAAUGUGAAUGUUUCCGAUAAUUUUUAUAUAAAUAAUACCAAAACAUUACCUACUAAUGAGCAAAAUGAAAUACAAAACAUUCAAAAUUACAAAAAUCAUGAAAUCUUUAAAAAAAUAAGAAACAAAAUGCAUAUAUAUAACGAAAACAAAAAUAUAUGCUCCUUUUUAAAUAAUAUUUGGUACAAUAAUGAUAAUAAUAACAACAAUUAUAAUGAUAUCAAAUAUGGCAGUAAAACAAAAGGUGAUUUUAUUGAAAAUAAUUGCCAUAACGAAAUUAAUAAAAUACUUUAUUAUAAUGAGAAUAUAAAUAAUUUCGACAAAAAUGAAAAAGAUCACAUCAAAAGUGAUAAUACUUAUAAAAAUAAUAAUCAUAUUAAUAAUAACAUGGAAGAAGAAAAUUUCCAUAAUACAUAUAAUAAUGAUACAUAUGGUAAAAAGAAUUUAUCAAAUUAUUUUAAAAAUAUGCAAUUUUUUUUAAAAAUUCUAAAUAGUUACUCAAAAGAAAACUUAUUAAAAAUAGAUGAUUAUUUUAACGAUGAAAACAAGCAAUUACAAGAUAUACUAAAUAAUAAAUUUAAUAAAGAAUUAGAUAAAAAAGAUUUCGAAUAUUUAAUUAAAACAAUUUUAUUAAAAAAAAAAGAAAAAGAAAAUGAAAUUUAUAAUAAUAUUCCUUAUUUAAAAGAAAGAGAGGAUUAUUUAAUAAAUUCAGCAAGUGGUGAUUUAUUUAAUUCAAAUUAUUUCAAUUUAAAUUUUUAUGGAGAUAACGCAUUUAAAAAUCAACCAAACAACGAGAAAUGUGUUGCAAGUAAUAACAAAAUAGAUCAUUACUUAAAGGAUAUAUAUAUCAAUGAUUAUGUGAAUAUUCACAACUAUGAUAAGAACGUUUUGAAUUUUGAAAUAAAAAAUGAUAAUAAAAACAUUAAUGACAAUAAAAUAUAUGAUAAUAAUUUUAUUUCUGAAUACCAGAGUAAUAUUAAUAAAUAUAUAUAUCAUGAUUAUAAUAAAAAUGACAAUAAUAGUAAUAGUAUCAGUUACAAAAAAAGUAUAACAAAUAACAAAAAUACAAAAAAUAAAAACAAAAAUAUGGAAAAUAGUAAUAAUAGUAUAAAAAAUUACAACAGUGAAAAUAUAGAUUACACUAAAAAAAACAUGUCAAAUAAUAAUACUGAUAAAGACAUUUAUAAAAUUAUAAAAUAA